AUGAGUUGGCUUUCUGGAGCUGCUGCUCUUGUUAAUGCUAUUCUUGGAAAUAUUCCAAUGAUGAAUAAAAAAUAUGUUCACGAUCCAAAAUUAGUCGAACAAUUGCAACAAUUUCAAAAACAAAAUGCAGAUAUAUUAGCUAAAUAUAAUGAACUUAUUAAACGAAUGGAAAAUCAAGAUAUUGAUUCUUUUGAAGAUCUUCAACGAUUUGAUCGAAAAGGAGCUGAAGUAUUAAUACGAUUGGCAUCACAAACGGCACCUCUUCCUAUGCAAGGAAGAAAUUUUGGAUUUUUUGGUUUAACAUCAACAGGAAAAAGUACCAUUAUAAAUAAAUUAAUUGGAAAAAAUCUUGCCGAAGUUGGCGCUGGUGAAACAACACAAGAAAUUCAACCAUAUGAAGGUCAAGGAUAUCGUCUUUAUGAUAUUCCUGGUAGAAAUGAUGAUCUAUCAUAUUUUAGUAUGGAAUAUAUAGCUUUUUGGAAAGCAUUAACAGCUCGAAUUGUUGUUAUAACAUCAACAAUCAAAGAAAUGACAAAAGUAUUUCGUCUUCUCGAUGCAAUUCAACUUCGUUAUGAUAUUAUUGUUAAUAAAUUUGAUUUAGUUAAUUUAGAAGAACGUGAAAAAGUUAAAGUUCAAAUAAAACAAGAAAUUAUUAAUUGUAAAUUGCAAGGUGUUAAUCAUAUUUGGUUUAUAAGUGCAGAAAAUCCACGUCAAUUUCCUGAUUGGAUUAAUAUGAUUGAUUAUUUAACAAAUAAAUAA